CGUGCCCAUGUGGUGACGUCAGUACUGGGCUGGGUCUCGGUGGAGGCGCAGGGUUGAUGGCGGCUCUUAGGAACCUGUCAAUGGUUAUCGGGGCGGCUGUGGCGGCGCUGGGCUCUGUUCUGUUCAUCGCCUGGAGCCGCUAUGUGCCCGGCAGGAGGAGGCUGAAGUGGACGGCCCAUCAGCAGCAGCCGCACAUCGGUGAUCAGGUCAAAUACUUGGAUCGGCAAAUUCUAGUGCUGGGUUUGGAUGGAGCCGGUAAAAGCAGCAUAAUUCAUGCAUUGAGCACUAACACCAUUCGAUCCAGCUCUGCGCCAACUCAUGGGUUUAAUACUGCUCAGAUCCUCAGCCAGGGACUGAGAAUUGAACUGUUAGAGGUUGGAGGCAGCCUGAAUCUUCGGACAUACUGGAACCAAUAUCUAAAAAAUGCAGACAUUAUGGUGUUUGUGGUAGACUCUACAGAUGACAAGCGCUUGCAGCUAGCUCGACAUGAACUGCAUCGGUUGUUGGAAGAAGCACCACGACUGCCACUCAUGGUGCUGGCAAAUAAACAGGAUUGUAAAUCCACACUUGGCAUCUCUGACAUUUACACUGAGCUUUCGCUGCACAGAAUCCAAGGCCUGAGAGAGGUGACCCUGCUGGGGACUAGUGCUGUGUGUGAUGGGUAUGGCCAGAGCACCACGUUACAUACGGUGAGAUCCCUGCUGGAGGAAAGGUUACACAUGCUGAAAGAACCACAAGAAAUGGUGCAUCAGCACAGCACCCACUGUCCAACAUCUCUGGAAAGAGAGAAGAGUGCCUAAUCCUUUGAGGCGGCUCACCAUCUUCCUGGUGGAGCUGGAAGGACUUAGCCAGCACAAGAGGCCUCACAAACAGUUGCCAAAUUCUUACUUAAGGGAUACAUUUACAGAGGACACCGGAAGAAAGGGCUGGACCCACCUUCAACCUCUGACUUUAGGAACAUUGCCUGUUCACUCCUUGAAACAUAGUUUAUUUAUAGAAGGACCAACAGUUUUUUUUUUAAAUGUUGUUGAAAGAAUAAAAAUGUUACUUUGGA